GGCGAGCGAGGAGGAGGAGGAGGAGGAGAAGAGGCAGCGCGGCGGCUGCCUCCAGGACUAUGCAUUGCCCGCCCUUCGCCGCCGCUCGGCUCCCCUCGGCCCCAUGGUGAGGCGCAAGAAGAGCCCCCCGGGUGCCGAAGAGCCGCGCAAUGGGAUGACAGUCAAGCUGGGUGACGGCAGUGGUGCCCAGGAAGGGCAGCAGCAGAAGAAGCUGGGCAGCAAGCGAGCGGCGGGCGAAGAGGAGCCCCUGGCAGAGGGUGAAGGCGGUGAAGGUGGCAGCAGCGCCAAGAAGGACGAGGCGGGCCCCCCUGGGGACUCCCCAGCUGCUGCCUCCCUCCAGCAGCCGACCCAUGGCCACGACCAGCAUCAUUUCCUCCGCUCCAGCGUCAGGCCCCAGAGCAAGAGGCUGAGGAAGGAUACCCAGGCCUCUUCAGCCCUGGGCAGUGCCAGCAACCCGCCUACCAAAGGGAAAGGUGCGGAUAAUGGAGGCGCUUCAUCAGGCAGCUCAUCAGGAAUCCCGUCCAGCACCCCGGCCGGGAGUUCGAAAUCUACCGCAAGAAACCUGGGCUCUUCAGCUGGGGAAAAAGAGGAAGGCAAGAAGGUUAGGCGUCAGUGGGAGUCGUGGAGCACGGAAGAUAAGAAUACAUUCUUCGAGGGCCUCUACGAGCACGGGAAAGAUUUUGAAGCUAUUCAGAACAACAUUGCCCUGAAAUAUAAGAAGAAAAGCAAGCCAGCGAGUAUGGUGAAGAAUAAGGAGCAGGUCCGGCAUUUCUACUACCGCACCUGGCACAAGAUUUCCAAGUACAUUGAUUUCGAUAACGUGUUUUCUCAAGGGCUGAAAAAAUCCUCCCUGGAGCUCUACGGCUUAAUUUGCUAUGGAGAGCUACGGAAGAAGAUUGGGGGCUGUAUGGAUGACAAAAACGCAGCUAAACUCAAUGAACUCAUCCAAGUCGGGGCAACGACCGUCCGCUACAAAGGGAGGAACCUCCGCAUCAAAGCUCCGAUGUGCCGGGCCCUGAAGAAGCUCUGUGAUCCAGACGGCAUCAGCGACGAAGAGGACCAGAAGCCCGUCCGUCUUCCACUGAAGAUCCCUGUGGAGCUGCAGCCGAGGAAUAACCACGCCUGGGCCCGCGUGCAGAGCCUAGCUCAGAAUCCACGGCUCAGAAUGAUCGUGGAGCUGCAUCGCAAAGUCUCCAGCCUCAUUGAGUUCCUGAAGCAGAAGUGGGCUCUGCAUGAGGUGCGCAUUCGUAAAACGCUAGCAGAAAGACAGCUACAAGACUCCAGAGAUCCCGAAACCAGCGGCAGCUAUUCUGAAGAGAAAAUGAUGCUCCAUCUCUUCCCGGGAGAGAACUGUACCUUGACCCCGCUCCCCGGAGUCGCCAGAGUCGUCCACUCCAAAGCAUUCUGCACGGUCCACUGGCAGGAAUCGGGCAGGUGCAAGCAGAACACAAAGGACUCUCACUUGUUGCCUCCCGCCCAGAUUUUAGGCAUACAGAGCGGUCAGGGGACAGCCAGGGGACAGGUGAAGUACCCCCGGGGGACAGAGGGCAGGGGUGGGGCCAGGGCAGAGAGCACUACAGAAGCAAGCAGAAACACUCAGCCCACGUUUGACACAACCGUGAGCAACACCGAGGAUGGCUCUCCGGAGACGGGAGUCGUGGAGGGAGCCUCUCCGAGCCUCGGCAUCUCCAACUGUCUUGAUAAGCCACCUUCCAGAGUUCAGGAUCCAGGUGGGCGUCUCGAGAAGCCAAUUCCGGCCUCUCAUUGUACUGAGGGCGUGGAGGCACCAGUCCCCGAAGUGACCACCGUGUUACUGCCCAGCAUCAGCAGCUGUGAUUGCGGCCCCAUCCCGGACUUGGAGGAAUUGUCUUUGCUUGACCCUUUUCCUCGGUACAUGAAGUCUUGCCAGGCCCUGAUCGUCCCGGAGAAGUGUCCUUGCAUGGACAAACCAAGCAGGAAAGACUUGACCGUGCCGGGGAGCCUCCCUUCCGGAAGCCUCUCCUCCGGGAGUGCGGAGGUUGGCAAUCUCGACGCAGCGAGAGACCAGGUGACGUCGCUCGCUUGCGGCCCGUCCCGAUCCGAAACUCAGGCCCUCCCCUGCUGCGGACCACAGGCAGAAACACGCGGCAAGGAGCCGUCGGAUGCAGUAACGGAAGACUCUCAGGAUAAGCCCAGCGCCUCACUGCCGCCGCCUCAGGGACAAUCAGUUGCCAAGUCGCUCAAGGAGGACCCGAGCCGCCUCGCGCAGCAGGUCAGAGAGGAGGGGUGGAGCUUGCAGACCUCGGAGAGCCUCACCUUGGCUGAAGUCUACCUCAUGAUGGGCAAACCGAACAAGCUGCAGCUAGAAUACGAUUGGCUGGCCGCCUUGGGGCCAGAAACCCAGGAAUCUAGGGAGCAGAUGCCCGAAACGAAAUCCAUUCCCCCCUCAGCCACCUUUCACAAACAGAAACUCCUCAACUGCCUCUUGAGACUCAUCUCCACUGAAGUGAACCCCAAGCCGGCUCCAGAAACUAGCACCGUUGCAACGUCCCCUAUCAAGCCUGCACAAGAGGAGCACACUCUGACUCCUCCUGGGAAGGUGAUCGCCAUUAGCACCAGGAGCCCGGGCUGCGCACGCAACCAGCCCACCCUUCGCAACAAGACCUUUUCUCCUGGCACUGCUUCCAGCCCCUCAGGUUUGAGAAACCCUUCCAGAUCCCUCCUGUCUGGCCCUUCCAGCGCCAGAGGCCCCGACGCUGACGGCGGCCUCUUUGCUGUUCCCACGACUCUCCCGCCCAACAGCAGGCACGGGAAGCCCUUCUUGCCCAGCAAAGAAACAGAGCUGAGCAUCCGGCAGCACUUGGACACGAUCAGCAUGCAGUCUGAUUUCUUCUUGCCAAAGCCAAAGAAAUUGCGCAACAGGCACCUGCGAAAGCCACUAGUAGUACAGAGAACCCUGCUCCCCAGGCCGUCUGGAAAUCCCUCCCAGCACGUCUGCUCCUUUUCCAUCUUGUCCAACUCCUCUAUCACAGGAAGAGGUUCUUUCCGGCCAAUCCACUCUUCGCUGACUAAAGCCGCCGUGUCUCGGCCUAUCAUUCCGAAGGUUCUUCCAGCACAAGUCACGAACCAUCUGCCUAGUACGAUCGAUCUGGCAGCUCAAAGUGCUGGUAUUAUCCCAAGCAGCCCUUUGCCCGUCCUGGAUGCUGAAGGCGUAUCCGGCGUUUCCCCGUUGUCUCCAGAUGCCAUGACUGCAGUGGUCCAAGACUCAACAGUGGUGCAUCAGAAUGGAAGUGCCCUGGCUUCUGUAGCAGGUUCAGGUGCCGAAUGUCAGGUUCCUUUCCUUGGUCUCCCAUCGCAGCCUGAGCAGGAAACAAUCCCGGAUGGCUUCCAGGGAACAGCGGUUCUUUCUCUGCCUGGACUUCCCAAAACCGCUCUCCAAAACGGCCUCCCCGUUCCUCCGCUUUCCUCCUCUGAAGCUUCCACCACCCGUCUUUCUCCUCCCAACGUCUCUGCCCUCCUGGAUAUCUCCCUUCCCGGCCCCCCUGAGGAUGUGCUGUCUCAGGGGGAGCCCGCCAUUCAGAUCAGCGACUCGAUCAUCGAAAUCGCGAUCAGCUCCGGUCAGUACGGUGAAAACGUUUCUCUGUCUCCAGCAAAGCUGAACGGCAGCGACAGCUCCAAAAGUCUUCCGUCCCCUUCCUGCAGCCCGCAGCAGAACUGGAUCGCCUCUCCCACCCACGACCCCCAGUGGUACCCCAACGACUCCACUGACUCUUCCCUCAGCAGCUUAUUUUCGAGCUUCCUUUCCCCAGAGAAGGGCCGGAAGAUGCUGCCAACCUCUAUCGGUGCCGCCGGCAGCACCUCCUUGUUGGGACCCAGUCUGCUGGACGGGAACUCAAGGGACUCCUUUGUGUCUCGAUCCAUAGCAGACGUCACCGAGGUAGACUCCCAGCUGGCUUGCAUGAUGAACGAGAACAGCAUCGAUUACAUCUCGCGGUUCAAUGACCUCGCCCAGGAGCUGUCGAUACCCGAGCCAACCCGCCGAGAAAUCCUCUUCGACGGAGGGGGAGGAGGCGGGGGCGGCCCUCCCAUUGGCGAUCUCUCGCAGUGAGCGCCUUCGACCAGCUGGCUGGUGGAGACUCUUAGAUUGGCCGGAACCUAGAGAGAAGCGGCCGGUGGCAUUUGCUAUGCAGCUGAUAACCGUGGGUAGCUCCGGCGAGAGCGUGCCUCGUACGAAGAGCAGCAUCGUCUUUGAGCGUCUACUGUUCCAGGAACGUGCAAUAUGCUGGGAACAACCUGACUGGGAGCAGUAUUAUUGGAAAUUUAACACCUGGCAAGCUGGGGACUAAACAGUUUACACAACGGACCUGGACUCAUGGUCCAAAAUGGUCUGGGCAGCAAAACUGAGAAGAUACUCUCUCUUUUCUUUAAUAUAGUAAACCAAAACCCUU